AAAUAAGAAUUAAUUAAUUAAAUAAAAAAAGAAAAAAAAAAGAAAAAUACAAAGAAUUCUAAAAUAUUCUUUUUUCUUCAACAUCUACCUUUUAACUACCUUUAAACUCUACAAAACUUCAAAUAUUUUCCUUCUCUCAUGCAAAUCAUAAGUUAAGAAACAUUUUUUAAUGCCGAGAACUAGGGCUAAUAGUUUUUAGAUAGCUAAUUCUCUAUGAUUCAGUGCAUAAAUGACUGGAGAAUAAAGAUAUUCUAAACAUUUAACUUAAAUAUUGAUAACUACAUUCCUUGUUUGUAACUUGAUAUUCAACUUAUUAAAUCUCAGCUUUUACUUUCUGAGAACAGUGGGAAGAUCAAUUUCAUUUUAGGAUAAAUUAGUGUCAUGGAUAUUCUUAGAAUGAAUUUCAAAAGCUGCUAAAAGCGCUUGAAAUAGUUUCUCCAAGAGAAUUAAGGCAAUAUCUCAUACAAUUUGGCUUGUGAUCUAGUGAAAAACUCUUAAACUUUAAAAGAAUACUUUAAUUAUGAACAAUCUAUAUAAUCAUGUGAUACUUCAAAUCAAGUUUCUUAAUAUAGUUAACAAAAUUUCUCUGAAAAUCAAACAACAUUUGAAGAAUAAUUAGAUGGUUUAAAUUCUAAUAAUGCUAACGGACAAACUGUUUAGUAAGCAAGCAAUGCUAUUGAUUUUAAUGAUAAUGAAAUUUAAAUUGAUUUUGAUUUUGAUAACAACUCAAGCCAACAUUCAUAAGAGUUAUUCGAUGACUUUUUAGAAGCAGACAAUGAAUAAUAAAAUUAAGAAAACUAAUAUUUCUGCAACAAUAACAAUAACUAUCAAUAAUGUGGUAAAGAAAAUAUGAUUGACAACAAUAAUAACAACGCUGAUGCUUUCAAUUAACAUUUCAUUUUAUUAUAAUGA